AUGGAGGAUGGCCAGCUGCCCAAACUCGAAGAGCAGACCGAGGACCUUACCCGGAAGUCGUCCGACCCGCCUACCGCAGAACAGACUGCUCAUAGCACUCAGCAUCUCCUGCCCGUCAAACCACUCGGUACACUCCUUUUACACAACUCAUCUCCAUCAACUCAAGACCUAGUAAAGAACAUACCUAAGCCGACCACACAUCCCUCGGAUCCGCUCAAUUGGUCAGCGCCGUUCAAGUGGUAUGUCUUGACGGUGUCCUCUUUGGCUGGAUUGCUGGUCAACUUCGUCGCUAUCGGGCCGUCGAUCGGCUUGCCCGAGAUAGCCGACUAUUUGACCGGCAUUCCUUUUGACCUUAAUAAAACCUUAUAUUUAUUCAGUACCACGUUUCUAUUCCGUUCAUUCUCGAUGAUCGUAUGGAUGCCGAUGGUGAAUAAGCUAGGCCGACGACCAGUAGGCCUUCUGAGUCUAGGGAUCUCGACGCUGGCCGCCCUGGCAUGCGCAGUGGCUACUCGACGCUUCACUUCCCAGAUGGCCGCACGUUUCUUCUUGGGAUUCGGCGCCGGCGGGGUCGAGCUGGUCGCCCCGCUCAUCGUUACCGAUCUGUUCUUUGUCCAUCAGAGAGGACUAGCCAUGGCGCUGUAUUCGGCAUUCUUUUACUUUGGGAUUUCGUUAGGCUCAAUUGUCUUUGGCACGAUGAUCCAGACGCGAGAUUGGCCGGACAGCUACUGUCUCUCGGCGGCCUUACUCGGCGCGGUGUGGCUUCUGACAGCCAUUACGAUUCCAGAGACAGCCUUCAGGCGGCCGAUCUCUAACUUCCACAAGAAGUUGCCCCCGGGAAGAUGUAUGAGACUAUGGAGCGGCGUCAUCUAUACGCAGGAGACCCUCACGACCAUGCUCGGGAGACUCUUCAGCUUGGUCUGCUUUCCUGCGAUCUGCUGGUCGAUCAUCCUCUGGGGAUUCCAACUGGCAUUCCUAGUUGCCAUCGUCACCAACCUGCCGAAAUCAUACGCGCUUGAGCCGUAUGCCUACACGACCAUCGGGUCCGGAUUCAUGUCGUUUGCGGGGCUUCUCGGAGCCAUGGCUGGCUUUGUCCAGGGAGGCCCGAUAGUCGACUGGAUCUCAACCGUCUUGACGCGCAGGAACAACGGCGUCUUUGAGCCCGAAUUUCGUCUGCCCGCCCUCCUACCCUGUCUGGUUUCCACUCCUCUUGGUCUGCUUCUCUAUGGGCUUGGACUUCAUUAUCGGCUUUCUUGGGUCUCCGCACCGGCUGCGCUUUUUUUCCUCAACUAUUCCCUGACUACUGCAACCAGCAUUGGAUUGAUGUAUUCGAUCGAUAUCUUGAAUCCGAUCGCCAGUGAAGUGAUUUCAACGACGAUAAUGUUCCGAGGAAUCGUGACGUUUGCGAUGACUUGUGAUGUCCAUAACUGGAUCGAUCGAGUCGGCCCCCGGACCCUAUUUGUUGUUUUCCUGCUCAUCUCUCUUGUCUCUACAUCUCCGGUCAUCCCAUUUUAUUUUCAUGGCCGGUUUUUGCGCCAAUACACCGCCUCGAUCUGGCCGCCCGUCUCUACCUCUUUUUCUUGGAACAAAGAUCGCAUCUAA